AACAAAAACCCAGCCAAGCCGACAGCCUUCCUUUGAAAAAAACCGGUAAAAGCUUGGCGAUUUCUCCUUCUUUUCUUGUUCUAGAACACAUAUAGAACCCAGAAAUUCCCCCCCCCCCUCUGCAGAAAUCGGGAUCUGCUCUGCUCUGUCCGUCCGGUUGCUGCUCUUGCCGGUUUGUGGGUGCAAAUUCCUUUGAUUUUUCGUAGUUUCCCCUAAAUUUCCCUGCACUUCCCGCCGGCUUCCCCAAUCUGCAGCUGGAAAAUUCUGGUUCCUAAUCGUUCUGUCAGUUUAGAGCACUUGGAUUGAGUCCUCGGUUUUACACGAGUGAGGUAAGUAAAUUUAUGAUAAUGCCCGUAUAGUUUUUAAAAGCAUCUUUUGACUUGUUUUGGAAGUGGUGGCGGGACUAAACCCGUUUUACACGAGCAUGACUGAUUUGAAGUGAAAUUUUUAUGCUUUUCAUUAAAUUAAGCAUGUCUACUUGAAAUUUAAUUGAUUGUCCCGAUGAUUUGAAAGUGAUUGGUGAAUUAUGAUUUUUUUGUUAACUUCUGCUUGUUUUGUCUCCGAUGUGGUCAUGUUAUUAGUGACCCUACUAGUGGGGGUUUAUAAACGCUAGCACAUGUCGACAUGUUAUUGAUAGAACCGGUUCGUUCAAGUGACCCUGCUAGUGAGGGUUAUACCCCAACAAAUAGUGUGCCUGCUAGUGGGAGGUUUAUAACACUGGCCAUGACCUAUAGAGGAGACGUUUAUUUUAUUUCCAUACUGUAUCUGUUUUUCGUGAUUACACUUGUUGGCAUGCUAUAAGUUUAAUUAAGGGCUAUCCAUAUUUACUUACUGAGUUAUCUCAUAGUUUUUCUUUGUCCACCAUUUCAGGAAGUGAAGUCAAGGACGGGGAAAAACGAGGUGAGUGAUGAGUUAGAAGGCUAGCCACUUGUAAUUUGAUAUAGAUUUUAGAUAUAAAUCAUGAUCUUAUAAGCUAGAUUUUAAUUGGAGAUUUUAUAAAUUCAUUGAAUGGAUUGUUAGUUUACAAGAGAUUUGACCUUGAGAUUUUGAGCUUAAGUCAUGUUGGACAUGAAAUUAUUUUGAAAUAUCUUAUUUAAGUUAUUGGAUUGACAGAUGUGAAUUGGAUAAGUUCCGAGCUUUGUGCAUUUGUGGGAUCCUCUCAUGAGUGCACGGUGUCUGUCACGUCCCCGGAUUUGGGUUCUGGGGUGUGACACCAACUUUUGUCCUAAGUUUCGAGUGGACCUUCCAAGGAUGGGCAACUUUAUGGAAUGCCCAUUUACAUGGACCCUGCUGAGUAACGAGUCUCACACCAUAAGCGGGCUCCGUAUACAAUGCCUGAUAGUUCUAUUCAAUCAUCUUAAGGAGUGGUAUAGAUAGUUGGAAAUAUGUACAUGGUUGAAUGUAUUUUUGUACUUUGUUUACAAGAGAAAAGUUCAAUUUUUAAGGGAAACUUUGUCGAAUUUUUUAUAAAUUUAUAAUGAGUUA